AUGGUUUUGAAGGAUAAAAGAAAAAAAAAAAAAAUCGUAAAAUAUACCAACAAGAAAAAUUUCAGUAAAUUUCCUACCAAGGAAGAAAAUGACAAAACGGGAAAUGCCAACCACAGAAACGAACUCUAUGACGAGAGCGACUUACCGUGUUAUGACAAUAAUGACGAAAUUCUAAUAAAGGAUAAGGAUUUUUUUUCUUACAUUUUAAAGUCUGAUGAUGAAUUAAGCGAUAAAGGGACACUUUCAAAUGGGCAAGCGUCAAGUACAAGGCCUCCUCCAAAUGCAUACAUAAAUAUACGAGACAAUAAUUGUUCUACAGAGCAACCUACAAGCGGGCCAUCACCCACAAGGGCAUAUCUGUACAAGCUGUUGCCGUCCACACGACAUAAGAAGAACAGGAAGAUAAUAAUAAAAAAAAUGAUCGCGCGGUGUCGGGUCAACUUACUAAAAAAGAUAAAGGACAAAAUACCUUACGGAGUUAAACAAAGCCAACAUUACAAGGAUGCCAAGAAGCAGGAAAGGUUAUCACUUGAGGCGAACAGAAAAUUAAAAGAGACACGAGGCAUGCUCCUAGAUGGCAAACACAACUUAUUUAUGAGUUUGCGACAGAAUAGCGACAUUAACUGGUAUCGAGCUGGUCAAAUAUUGAAGCACCUGGAGAUUCACCAAAGAGCCAAGCCGGAAAUCACACCAAAGUUACGUGAGAGAAUUACCAACAUUGCUAAUUUCGUCAAAAAGGGAAGAUAA